CUAUGCCAAGAGGUUGUUCGGCAUAAGGUUUUACGCUUGAAAAUAGGGCUGGAUACUUCACAAAUUAGGCGUCUGUACAGCUCGCAAAGAAGCCCUAACUCUCAAGAUUUAUCAGUAAAAGUGUAGGCAGUGUGAAUCGCGUUCAAACGCGCCCAUUAGCCAUGGAGAAUGAGAUGAAAUAUCUGGUCGUCGACCGUGCGGCCAUUUCAGAUCCUGUAGCGUUAGCAGAAUGGAGUUCAAAGAAACUUGUUUGGAUUCCCGAUGAGAAAGAGGGGUUUGUAGCUGCUAGCAUAAAAGAUGAUAAAAAAGAAGAGUAUGUUGUUGAAGUCGAUGGUGGGAAACGAAAAAAAGUCAACAAGGAUGAUAUACAGAGGAUGAACCCACCCAAAUUUGAAAAAGUUGAAGACAUGGCCGACCUCACUUGUUUGAACGAAGCUAGCGUCCUACAUAACCUAAAAGAUCGAUAUUUCAGUGGAUUGAUUUAUACAUACUCUGGCCUUUUCUGUGUGGUAGUCAAUCCUUACAAACGUCUCCCAAUUUAUACUGACAAAGUGAUUGAUAUGUAUCGCGGCAAGAAGAGGCAUGAAGUCCCUCCUCACAUAUACGCCAUUACAGACACAGCAUAUCGUAGCAUGUUACAAGAUCGCGAGAACCAAUCAAUAUUGUGCACAGGAGAAUCUGGUGCAGGUAAAACAGAGAAUACCAAAAAGGUUAUCCAGUACCUUGCUGCUGUAGCUGGACAUUCAUAUGGAAAAAUGCACCAAUCACCACAGAAAGGAGACAAAGGCAAAGGGGGCCAUAGUCAGGUUGAAUUGGAGMGACAAUUGUUGUCGGCGAACCCUAUCUUAGAAGCAUUUGGUAAUGCCAARACAAUAAAGAAUGACAACUCAUCUCGUUUUGGAAAAUUUAUCAGAAUCAACUUUGAUGCRUCUGGAUUCAUUGCCGGUGCCAAUAUUGAAACAUAUUUGCUAGAGAAAUCCAGGGCAAUAAGACAGAACAACAAUGAAAGAACUUUCCAUGUGUUUUAUCAGAUGUUAGACGGGUUGGAUUCAAAAACUAAAGGAGAGUUACUGCUGGGCAAGCCUACAGACUACAAGUUCUUGUCCAAUGGUUCCAUCCCUGUACCCAGCAUUGAUGAUAAGCAGGAGCUUCAGGACUCCAUUAAAUGUCUGAAUGAUAUGAACCUAGCACAAGAUGACGUCAAUGCACUGUUUAGAGUUGUAUCAGCUGUACUUCAAUUUGGACAAUUGGUUUUCAAGCAAGAAAGAAACUCUGAUCAGGCUAUUUUACCCAACAAUGAAGUGGCACAAAAGAUUUGUCAUCUUCUAAGCAUGCCUGUAACAGAGUUCACCAGAGCAAUUUUGAGGCCCAGAGUAAAAGUAGGAAGAGAUUAUGUACAGAAAGCAGUCACUAAAGACCAGGCAGAGUCAUCUACAGAGGCCAUUGCUAAGGCCUUAUAUGAGAGAAUGUUCAAGUGGGUUGUGGCAAAAAUCAAUAGAUCACUGGAUCGUACCAAGAGAGAAGGAGCAUCCUUUAUUGGUAUUCUUGAUAUUGCUGGUUUUGAAAUCUUUGAUAUCAACUCCUUUGAACAACUGUGCAUUAACUUCACCAAUGAAAAGCUCCAACAGCUGUUUAAUCAUACCAUGUUUAUCCUGGAACAGGAAGAGUACAGAAAGGAAGGUAUCGACUGGAAAUUCAUUGACUUUGGUUUGGACUUGCAACCUUGCAUUGACUUGCUCCAGUUGCCCAUGGGUAUCUUUGCUCUCUGUGAUGAAGAGUGCUGGUUUCCCAAGGCAACAGACAAAACCCUGGUUGAAAAACUUGUGAAGGAACACAACAAGAAAGAAAAGUUCCAGAUCCCAGAGUUCCGAUCCAAGGCUCACUUUUCUAUAAUCCAUUAUGCAGGACGGGUUGAUUACAACUGUGAUGGCUGGCUUCUCAAGAAYCAGGAUCCAUUGAAUGACAACAUUACUGCUCUCAUGCAGGCAUCAAGUGAYUCAUUUGUUGCUGGGCUCUGGAAAGAUGCAGAGUUUGUUAGUACUUUUGCUGCCCAGACUGAGACACCUUUUGGUAGUAGUAAAGUACGUAAAGGAAGGUUCCGUACAGUGAGUCAAGUUUAYCGUGACCAACUGGCAAGACUCAUGAACGUCUUGAAUAAUACCAACCCCAACUUUGUACGAUGUAUCAUUCCUAACCACGAGAAGAAGGCAGGGAAGAUCAACUCUAACCUCGUUCUGGAUCAGCUAAGAUGCAAUGGUGUACUUGAAGGUAUCAGGAUUUGUCGACAAGGUUUCCCUAAUAGAAUGCUCUUCCAGGAGUUCAAGCAAAGAUAUGAGCUGCUUACACCWGGUGUCAUUGCCAAGGGGUUCAUGGAUGGCCGAAAAGCAUGUGAAAAAAUGCUUAAAUUUUUAGAGAUGGACUCCAACUCCUACCGUAUUGGUCAAUCAAAAGUGUUCUUCAGAGCUGGUGUACUUGCCCACCUUGAAGAAGAACGAGAUAUUAAACUAACCGAAAUCAUUACCAUCUUCCAAGCAUUCUGCCGUGGAAAUAUUGCUCGUAAACAGUACCAUAGACGUGUCCAGCAACUCAGCGCUAUCCGAGUUAUUCAACGUAACUGUUUGAGUUACUUGAAACUGCGUAAUUGGCAAUGGUGGCGACUGUUUACUAAAGUCAAACCAUUACUUAACGUCACAAGACAAGAAGAAGAACUAACACACAAGUCAGACGAGCUUAGAGUAACGAGAGAGAAAGUUGACAAGCUUGAAACGGAUUACGGCGAAUUAGAAAAGAAGCACAACCAACUGGCUGAGGAGAAGGCCAUUGUAACAGAACAGCUUGAAGCAGAGCGAGAGGCUUUCUUGGAGGCUGAUGAUAUGCGCCAACGACUYCAGACAAAAAAGACAGAGUUAGAAGACCUAUUGAAUGACCUGGAGGGUAGAAUAGUUGAAGAAGAGGAGCAAGUUAUUACAUUAUCAGAAGACAAGAAGAAACUGCUCAAAGAGAUCAAUGACCUAGAGGACAGUUUGGAGGAGGAAGAGAGUGCRCGMCAAAAACUUCAUCUGGAAAAAGUCAGUUGCGAAGCUAAAAUUAAAAAAAUGGAAGAAGAUCUUAGUCAGGUUGAGGACACGAACUCUAAGCUUUCCAAAGAAAAGAAAUCUUUAGAGGAAAAACUAAGCGAAACUUCACARGCUUUGGUUGACGAGGAAGAAAAAGCUAAAUCGCUUGCAAAACAGAAAGCAAAACAAGAUGCAGUGAUUGCUGACCUAGAAGAACGRCUAAGAAAUGAAGAAAGGGCUCGYCAAGAAUUGGAGAAGAUACGUCGCAAACUAGAAGCAGAGCUGGCUGACGUUUCUCGUCAGUUAGAAGAAGCCAAACAACAGAUACAAGAACUUGAAGCAACCGUACAUAAAAAAGACAUGGAGCUCAACGAGAUCAAUGCCAGAUUCGAUGAAGAGUCUGCCAAGAGAACCGAAUUAGAAAAAGUCAAGCGAGAGCUUGAGAGCAUGGUGGAUGAGUUGAAAGAAGAUAUAGAUGCUGAAAAGGGGGCAAGAACAAGAGCAGAGAAACAAAGACGUGAACUUGAGCAGGAACUCGAAUCCCUCAAGUCUGAACUCGAAGAAUCCAUUGACACUACUGCUGCGGCUACUGARAUGCGAACCAAGAGAGAAUCUGAGUUGGUCGCGCUGAAGAAAAGUUUGGAGGAGAACGAAGCUGCGCAUGAAGCCGCCAUGGCACAAUUCCGUCAAAAGAGCGCACAAGUAGUCGAGGAACUUCAAGAACAGCUGGAUUCUGUCAAAAAGAGUAAAUCAAAUCUCGAAAAGAGCAAGGGUAACUUGGAAUCGCAGACAUCGGAGAUGUCUAUCGAGAUCAAAAGUCUUCAAGAUAAGAAACAAGAUCAAGAUCGAAAGAUUAARACUCUUGAGACGCAGUUGACAGAGGCGAAUAUUCGCUUGACUGACGACGAAACCAAAGUAUCAGAACUCCAAGAUAUUAAGCUCAAGCUACAGAAGGAAGUCGAAAUUUCGGUGUCUCAAGUUGAAGAAUUUGAUUCCAAGUGCAGUCAACUUGAGCGAUCUAAGAAGAAUUUGGAGGAUCAAUUGGCUGAAACGCAGGAUCAACUUCAAGACGAAACUCAAGCUAAAUUGUCGCUUGAUUCCAAACUGAAAGAUGCYGAUCAUGAAAUCAGUCGCCUGAAUGAACAAAUCGARGAAGAAGAAGAUGCCAAACAAGCUUUACAGAAACAGAUGCAAAGUGUGCAGACACAGUUGCUAGAUGCCAAGAAGCUAUCUGAGGAGCGUGCUGUYGCUCUGGAAGACGCUGAUGUUGUCAAGAAAAAGAUGAUUCGAGAGAUGGAAGGACUACAGCAACAUGCUGAUGAACUMAUGGCCACCAACGGAAAACUGGAGAAGGCUAGAAAGAGACUACAAAAUGAGGUCGAUGACUUACAAUUGAAUCUCGACAAAGAGAAGAGUAACGUUGCAAAUCUAGAGAAGAAACAAAGAAAGUUCGACCAGCUCCUGGCUGAGGAAAAGCAAGUUGCCGAGAGAUACUCGCAAGAGCGCGAUAAYGCCGAAAGAGAAGCCAGACAAAAUGAAACCAAAGUAAUCUCGUUGACUCAUGAGUUAGAAGAAGUACAAGAUAAACUUGUUGAAAGCGAAAGGUUGAGGAAAGUUGCUCAGAAUGAAUUGGAAGCGAUGAUGGAGAGCAAAGAUGAUUUCGGCAAGAACGUCCACGAGCUGGAGAAGGCCAAACGAUCUCUGGAGCAGCAGCUAGCUGAAAUGAAGCAAUCAUAUGAAGAACUUGAAGACGAAUUGCAAGCCACUGAGGAUGCUAAACUCCGAAACGAUGUCAACAUGCAGGCAUUGAAGGCUCAAUACGAGAGAGAAUUGCAAUCAAGAGAUGAACAGAACGAAGAAAAACGAAAAGGUCUUCUGAAACAGCUACGAGAACUUGAGGCAGAACUAGACGAAGAACGUAAGAUGCGUGUGAACGCCGUCAAUGCCAAGAAAAAACAAGAAAUGGACAUGAGAGAACUAGAAGAUCAACUUGAAGCCGCCAAUAAAGUCAAAGAGGAUGGUCUACGACAACUCAAGAAGUAUCAACAGCAGUUGAAAGACAUUCAACGUGAUCUUGAUGACGCGCGCCAUGGUAGGGAUGAAAUUGCCGAUCAAGCCAAGGAAAACGAAAGAAAACUCAAACAACUUGAAGCUGAAUUUCUCCAAAUGCAAGAGGACUUGGCCGCAGCUGAACGAGCUCGAAAGACAGUGGAACAUGAGAGAGAUGAGCUACAAGAAGAACUUUCAGCUCUUGCUGGCCAGCGAGGUAUUUCAGCUGAAGAAAAACGAAAACUGGAAGCUCGUAUACAGGCUCUAGAAGAAGAGGUGGACGAGGAACGAACUCAAAGUGAAUUGGCUUCUGACAAAUACAAACGCGCCAUGAUGCAGAUGGAACAGAUGCAGACAGAUCUCAAUACAGAACGCAGUCAAAACCAAAGCUUGGAAAGCGCCAAAGCUUCCCUCGAAAAACAGAACAAAGAUUUGAAAUCCAAGCUUCAAGAGCUUGAGAACCAGACACGUGUACGGCAUAAGAUGGCGAUGGCUGCUCUAGAAAGUAAAAUGGCCACAUUGCAAGAGCAAUUAGAUCACGAAUCUAAGGAACGUGCUUUAAUGGCAAAAACAAACCGCAAAAUGGACAGAAAACUCAAAGAACUACAACUUCAAAACGAAGAAGAGCGAAGACAUGCAGAUCAGUACCGGGAACAAAUGGAUAAACUGAAUGCUCGCAUGAAGGCUUUGAAGAGACAAGUUGACGAGGCUGAGGAAGAAUCAAGUCGUCUGAACUCAUCUAAACGUAAAAUGCAGCGAGAACUGGACGACGCACUGGAAGCCAACGAAGAACUGCAGCGUGAAGUGCAAUCAAUGCGGAAUCGAUUACGGGGACGCGGUGGAGGAGGAAGAACAGGUUAUACAACGCCACCUGAUUCAAGACGAAAACCGCGCGACCGAGCAGGAGUGGAACCGAUGGAAGGAGACGCCUCUGCUGAUGUUCCCGAAGAAGAUUAAAAAAAUAUACUAGUUUAUUUUAUAGUAUAGAAACUGUAAUGUUUUUUACCGUUGUUUAAGUGUCUUGAACACUACCCCUCAUGAUUACACCAAUCCCUGUACUUAGGAUAUUUAAGCAAGACCUAAUAAUCGUCCACUUUGACUCAAGUCAUUGUUCUUAUUCAAAUAGCAAAGCAAAUAUCCUGGUUUAGUCAAAUACCGCAAUGGUUAGUUUUUGAUAAUCAAACUGCCUAAUAAUAAACUAAUAAUAGGUCUUUUAUAAUUCCAAGUAUUCUAACUAUUUUCUAAUUUAGUCAAUAUKGUUUGGUAUGCCAUGGAUAAAGUUAAAUCUCUAGUUUGGUAAAUAAGAGUCAAAUAGAGCCCAGGCAAGGUCGUGUAAUUUCUAUUUUAUAAACAUGAGAAACCAUUAAAAGAGAUUGYUGCUGACUUUGUCUAAAUA